UUUCAACAACAUAUGAACAGAAACAUAGCAUUUUUAAAAGUUGAAAUAAGGAACAUUCAAAACAACCAGUUGGUUAUUUUGGAGCGACUAGAUUCAAUCCAAUCUCAUUUAGAAGAUCAACCACUUAUUGAUAAAACAAAUUCAUCUAUAAAUGAGUUGGCUAAUUAUCAAUUUCCUAUUGACAAUGUAGUAGACCUUUAUACAUUUGAGGAUAAUAUAAGUGGGGACCAACAGUUCAGAACUCAUUUGGUGAAAGAAUUGUCAUAUAUCGGAGGAAAGCACACAAAAGCCAUGGUAAAAAGAAUAAUGUCAAAAUUAUUCAAAGAUGAAUUAUUACAAAAUUAUUCAUUCACUGGAAAGAAAGGAAAAACCCCAUUUUCUUCAUUGGCGAUUUGUUCGGUAAUAUUUGAAGCUGUGAAAAAACAAGUAAAAUUUAAAAAUGUACCACAAAAUGAAAUUGAGGAAACUAUCAAAUAUAUUUUGGCUCAAGCUCCAUUCAACCUAAAACGUUUAACUAAUAAAACAAACAAACAGUCUUCUAUCUCAGCUCUGCAGUCUACAACAUAA